AUGCGAUCACUAGGCUCCAGUGAGGCAUGCUGGCGUCUCUUCGGCUUCAAUAUCAGCGAACGUCAUCCUGCUGUGUACGCAAUGCGUGUACACCUCCAAGGCGAGGAGAUGAUAUAUUACGAAGAGGGUCAGCAACGCCAAGCUGCUCAGCAAGACCACACCACGGAGCUCACCGGUUUCUUGAGUUACAAUAAGGCCCACCCUGACACAGCUGUGAAGUACUGUGACUUUCCAGAGAUCUUCACAUGGCACAAACCAACCAAGAAAUGGGUGCCACGUCGAGGAUCUUUUAACACCAUUGGCCGGGUCCUUACUAUACACCCACUAGCUGGAGAGGUAUACUACCUGCGGAUGCUGCUCAACCAUGACCAAAGCAAAGGUGCAGGAUGUCAUGAGGUUCUGAAAAGAGUACAUGGACACUGCCAUGACACCUUCAAAGGUGCAUGUGAAGCGCUCGGACUACUCCAAAGUGACAAUGAGUGGCACACCAUACUCACAGAUGCUGCUCUAACACAGAUGUGCCCCCAGAUCAAAGAGUUGUUCGUUACCUUGCUGCUGUUCAACAAACCUUCUGAUCCAGCAGCAUUGUUUGAUCAACACUACAUGGAGUGGUGGGAUGACUUGAAGCAGAACAUGCCUACUCCACCAGAUGACAAGCUUCUCCGUGCCAUGGUUCUGCUGGACAUUGAACGUCGCUUGCAAAACCACAGCAAAGAGCUCCCAGAUUUCUACCUACCAACCAUCCCUCACGACAUGCGACAGAGAGUGCGGGAACAAGACGACGACUACAAACACGCACAUCUACCCAUGGUAAUCCAAGAAGAACUUGCAUACGAUAUCACAAGUUUGCAGAGCAUUGUAGCAGAUCGCCUUAACGGAAACCACGCUUUGCUACCAUCUCAACGAGCGGUCUAUGAUGCAGUGAUGGAUGCUGUUCAGCGCAAAAUCCCCUUGGCAAUCUUCCUUGAUGCAAGAGGUGGAACUGGCAAAACCUACACCCUCAACGCUCUCCUGGCUGCUACUCGAACGUUGGACAACCACAAAAACAUUUCCCUAGCUGUUGCAUCCAGUGGCAUUGUUGCGACGCUUCUCCUGGGAAGUCGCACAUUCCACUCCAGGUUCAAGGUUCCAAUACAAAUAACCGAAUCGACAACAUUCCAGAUCACUAAGCAAAGUGCAGUGGCAGACCUCAUUGACCGGGCCAAACUCAUCGUGUGGGAUGAGGCACCCAUGGGUCACAGACACCUGUUGGAAGCACUCGACCGCACUCUGCGAGACAUCACCAGCCAGGAUUUACCAUUCGGGGGCAAAGUAAUGGUUCUUGCUGGAGACUUCAGACAAGUUUUGCCUGUCAUCAAGCGAGGAUCACGAGCUCAGAUUGUUGAUGCAUCACUGAAACGGUCAAAGCUGUGGAGCCAUUUCACCCUGUUCAACCUGACAGAGAACAUGCGCGUGUUGCAGAGUGGUGAUGACAAAGAGCUCAAGGAAUUUGAUGCCUGGCUCCUGCAACUCGGCAAUGGUCACAUUGACUACAUAAGGGACGACACCAUGGUGCUACCACCUCACAUGUGCAUGACCAUUGAUGACACCUCGCGCAACAGUCUUAACCGGUCUAUCAUGAUGGCAGUCAGCUGGGUGUUUCCAGAUCUACAUGAUCGAAAAAAUGACUACGAAUGGAUUGCACAGCGUGCAAUCCUUGCCCCAAAAAACUCGGCUGUAGACACCAUCAAUGAACAUAUCUCGAGUACAUUCCCUGAAACCCUCACCAUGUGCAGGAGUGCAGACAGCACAAUAGAUGAGGACGACGCCACAAGAUUCCCAACAGAGUAUCUAAACACGAUCAACACUGCUGGCAUGCCACCACAUUGCCUGGCACUAAAGAAAGGCAUGCCCCUCCUCCUACCCAUGAACCUUAACCCCAAGGAGGGACUUUGCAAUGGCACCCGACUUAUCGUCAAGGAGAUCGUUCAUGGAUGCCUCCUGAAGGCAUGUCAAUUGCAAAUGGUGACCAGAGAGGACGGGAAGUGUUCAUUUCACGGAUCACAUUGCAGCCAACUGACGAUGCAUUCCCUUUCCUUUGGCAACGUCGUCAGUUUCCAGUAA